AAAGGAAGAAAAAGGCAAAGACAGGCCAACUAAGCAGGCAAGGCAUGAGGCACAUAUUCGCGCCCAUAGCUCACCCGCUUUUUCAUUUCGGAAAUAGAAAAAGUAAUAUUUCUACCUCUGCAAGUUUAGACGAUAAAGAUACAUCCACAGAUCCACUAGGAAAAUCCUGGUAAUUUCCUUCCUGGGUGGUGUUUUUUUUUUUUUUUUUUUUGCUCAAAUCCAGAAUUUUAUUCCCUUGAUUUGAUCAUAUAGCACUUUUGGUUUGAUUAUAGAGAAGGGAAUAGGAAUCAUGAUUCAGAUUCCUUUCCCUUCCUCCAAUCCCACAUUGCGUAUGCCUAUUGUUGUCUUUCUCCUCCUUAGCCUUUGCUUCAUCCCCGCCAUGCGAUCGGAGUCCAACCCUAUACGAUUGCACACCGAUCACGACAUUGAUGAGGCUGACCCGUGUGGGGAAUCGGCCAGACCCGCGUUUUGCCCCGUCAAGUGCUUUCGGACUGACCCGGUGUGCGGGGUCGAUGGCGUGACCUACUGGUGCGGUUGCAGCGACGCACAUUGCGCGGGUGCCAAAGUACGCAAAAAGGGCUUCUGUGAAGUUGGGAACAAUGGUGCUGCCGCUCAGGCAUUGCUUCUAAUCCACAUUGUUUGGCUAAUCGUGCUUGGUUUCUCGGUCUUGUUCGGCCUUUUCUGAUCAUUCUUCUUUUUUCAUUCAUUUUUCUAUCUUUCGGCAUACACAACUCGGUUUUUUUUUUUUUUUCCCCUCUUUUGAACUGCAACCAAAAUUUGCAUUAAUAAGAUACAACUCUGGUUAUCCUUCUUUUUCAGAAUUUUGAAUUAUGAGCUCUUGCUUGGAAUUCAACGGCUACUGUUUUUGCUUGCGUUAUUUUCUCGAAUUAUAUAUACAUAGUUAACGGUUCGUUUUAUUU